UCCCUCAAGUAGCUUGGCUAUAAAUGCAGAGACCUCCCACAAGAAAAUGUUUGUAAGGUGGAGGAGGAUGGGGUUUUCAGUGACCAGCACCUGGAUAACCUGGAGAGGAGCUGCAGCCCGGACCAGGAGGAACCAGGGCAUCCACAGACUACAGAACUGGAGGAAGACUCCAGCAGUCAGGAGAUGAAGCACGAGGACGUAGAGGUGGAUGUUCCAUUGGUCAAUGUCGCUGAUGUGAAAGUUGAAAAUGAUGAACCAGGACCAAACUGUGGCAAGCUGCUGUUGCACACUUCUCCUGAAGCUCAAAACAAAGAUGAGGAAGGGACUGAAAGUUUACACUCAGACUCCAGUAAAACUGCAGAUCCGGAGCCAAUGAGACGACACGGUGACCACGAAGAUGCUGCUUUCCCGUCAGACAGCAACUGUAAAUCAAAGCUGAUCAGGACCCACACGAGGAAGAAGGUGUUUUCUUGCAGAACUUGCAGGAAAGAGUUUAGUAAACGUAGUAUUUUAAUGGAUCACAAGAAGAUCCACACUGGCGAAAGGCCGUACCUGUGCAACACCUGCAACAACGCCUUUACUUAUUUAUCACAUCUUAAACGCCACAUAACCACACACACAGGCGAGAAGCCCUACAUCUGCAAAACAUGUGGAAAAGGUUUCACGCAACGUUCCAACCUGGUGAUUCACUCGAGGACCCACACUGGCGAAAGGCCGUACCCGUGCAACACCUGCAGCAAAACCUUUACUAAAUUAUCAGAUCUUAAACGCCACAUAACCACGCACACGAGCGAGAAGCCCUACAUCUGCAAAACAUGUGGAAAGAAUUACAGGCAAGUUUCCCACCUGGUGGUUCACUCGAGGAGCCACACGGGCGAGAAGCCCUACAUCUGCAAAACAUGUGGAAAGAGUUACACGCAAAAUUGCAACCUGGUGAUUCACUCGAGGAUCCACACCGGUGAAAGGCCGUACCUGUGCAACACCUGCAGCAGAACCUUUACGAGAUUAUCAGAUCUUAAAAGCCACAUAACCACGCACACGGGCGAGAAGCGAUAUUUGUGCAAGACGUGCAACAAAGGUUUUAGCCGCAGAAUUGGUUUGCUGAGUCACAUGAAAAAUCACCCGGAGGAGAAGUCUGGUGACUCGUGACAAAUGAAGCUCAUGUUGUGGUCCUCCGGGGGCAGCUGUCCACUCCUGUCUGACCCACAGAAGAAGAACCUGCAGAAGUCCAACCACCACCUCCUGUGGCUGAUGAGCCUAAUCCCCUCCCCACAAGGGUUGCAGGUUCAACCUGGAUUUAUGCUUCUCCGUCAACUUGACGCAGAGGGAACGAUGUGGUUGUGUACUUUUUUUAAAGUUCUGCAUUGAGUUUGUUUGAAUCCCUGUUCCUUCUUAAAAUUGUAUUAUUUGUUGCUGUUUGUAACUUGCCGUCUCCACGGUGCAAAUAAAGAGCUGUUAGUAUGUGCUGAAGUUUCUUUAAACGUGACAGUUUAUUUCGUUCAUCUACAAAGCCUCUCUCACACGUUCUUUUUCCCGUCUGUUUCUUCUUCACUCACAUUCUCUUUGUAAAGUUAAUCUGCAGCUCCAUGUUGUUAAACUCUCUCCAUCUACUCCGU